AUGAGCGUGGACCGAUAUCUAGCCAUCACCAAGCCCAUGCAGAGUCGCUCCUAUCGGACGCCAGGAAAGUCGCAAGUCGUCAGCGUGCUUUCAUGGAUACUAUCGUUUUUGGUUAGUCUAGUACUCUGGAUGUAUGCCACUGUUAUUACAAUGGACAAUGGUAAUCCGAUUUGUAUUGUGCUGUGGCCUAACGAGUUCCAAGGUGGGGAGAUUUUUCUUAUAUACACUUUUUGUGUCGGAUUCGUCAUGCCAAUGCUGCUUAUUGUGACGGCCUACGCUCACGUCUGUAGAUCGUUGAUACAACGGAAAAAGUCGAAAUUCCGCGAACAUAUGUCAUCGCACUCCAAGGGAAACAAGCUGGUCGCCGUUAUCGUAAUUGUCAUUGUUGCCGCGUUCGUCAUCUGCUGGCUGCCUUUCUACGUGCUCAAUUUUAUUUCGUUUGCCUACCCGGAUCUACGCGGAAAUAGAACAUUUGCCAUUGUGUACUUCAUAGGCAUAUGCCUCGGGUAUUUUAACAGUUGUUUAAAUCCGAUAAUAUACUCAUUUAUGGGGAAAAAUUUCCGCCAGUAUGUUUCGAAACUCAGUAAUCGAAAAGACAAACAUUCGACAAGUCUACCACUGCGACGAAAGCUUCCGCCUUCGCCUGUUAGUAACAACAAAUGA